AAAUGAAAUGAACGGCCAAGAUUGCCUUGAUCCCUCCCUCGUGCCACAAGAAUUCGUCCACUCGUGUGCCAGUCCUCCAUAAUCGCCGUUCUGGACUCUCCCCUCUUUCUCUUAUAUACUUUUACAUCCCUAAAAAAACACACACACAAGUCUCCUCGGCUCUUUGGCUCAAACACCCAGAACUUCAAUUACAUUCAAUCAUCAUGUAUCGCCUUAGGCCUAUUAAGGGAGGGGCCAGCAAUAGGAGGCUGGCCAGGCUUGCAAGUUCCAGUGCUGUUGCAACUGCGGCCAAGUCAUCAUCUUCGGGGGGUUUAUUUGGUUGGUUAACUGGAGGAAAAGGUAGUUCUUGCCCUCCUUUAGAUGUGCCUAUGGAUGUUUCCAUCCCUCCUGCACUACCAGAUCACGUUGAACAGGGCAAGACUCAGAUAACAACUCUCCAGAAUGGUCUCAAAAUAGCAUCGGAAACGGCUGCGGGCCCUGCGGCAUCGCUUGGGCUGUUCAUCAACUCUGGCUCAAUCUAUGAAAAACCACAUGAAUAUGGGACAACACACCUUCUUGAACGCAUGGCUUUUAAAAGCACAUAUAACCGUAGCCACUUGCGUAUAGUGCGGGAAAUGGAAGCAAUAGGUGGAAAUAUGACAUCUGCUGCUUCUCGAGAACAUAUGAGUUAUACCUACGAUGCUAUUAAAACUUAUCUUCCCCAAAUGGUAGAGUUGCUAAUUGACACUGUCCGGAACCCUGCUUUUUUGGAUUGGGAGGUCAAUGAACAGAUAAAGAAAGUGAAAGAAGAGAUAUCUGAAGCUUCCAAAAAUCCUACUGCUUUGAUAUUGGAGGCACUUCACUCUGCCGGUUAUAAUGGUGCAUUAGCUAAUCCUCUUAUGGCACCAGAAUCUGCACUGGAAGGCCUGGAUGCCAAAACAGUGGAGCAGUUUGUCGCUGAAAAUUACACUGCUCCUCGGAUGGUGCUUGCUGCAUCAGGAGUUGACCACGCGGAGCUAGUAAAAUAUGCCGAACCUCUUUUAUCUGAUCUACCUAGUGCUUCGCGACCUCAGGAGCCAAAAUCGGUGUAUGUUGGUGGUGAUAGUCGUGUCUAUGCUGGUUCCCAACCAACCAAUAUAGCUCUUGCAUUUGAACUUCCUGGUGGCUGGCAUCAAUUGAAGGAUUCUAUGACUCUUACGGUCCUUCAGAUGCUCAUGGGUGGAGGCGGAUCUUUCUCUGCUGGGGGUCCAGGAAAAGGGAUGUACUCGCGACUAUAUCUUCGUGUCUUGAAUGAGUUCCCAGCUAUUCAGUCAUUUUCUGCAUUCAGCUCCAUUUAUAACAAUACUGGCUUAUUUGGAAUCAUGGCUACCACCGGUUCUGAUUUUGUAUCAGAAACUGUGGAUAUUGCAUGUAGAGAACUUAUUGUUAUUACAAACCCUAUACAGAUUGACCAGGUCCAGCUAAACCGAGCCAAACAGGCAACAAAGGCUGCAAUAUUGAUGAAUUUGGAAUCCAGAGUGGUUGCAGCAGAAGACAUGGGUAAACAAAUUUUGACAUAUGGAGAGAGGAAACCUCUGGACCAAUAUUUGAAAACAAUCGAGGAAGUGACGCCUCAGGAUAUUGCAUCCAUCGCAAGGAAGCUAAUUUCUUCUCCCCUUACUAUGGCAACCCACGGGGAUGUUGUUCAUGUCCCAAGCUACGAGGUGGUGAGCAGAAGGUUCCAAUCCAAGUGAUACUACUAGGAAAUUCUUUUUUGUCCCAUUCUACUCACUGGAACGUUAUAUGAUCUCCGCGAUUCAUGUGUUAAUCAUAAUGGAAGAAACCCUUCACUUCAUAAUGGAACUUGAUUGUAUUCGUUGUAAUUUUAUUUUACUGUGUACAACUCAAUGGUUCUGAGAUGCCAUCAAUGCCUUUUUAGCUUGCCCAACUAUAUGUAAUCAUAUAUACUUCCAGGAAAAGGUAGAAAUAAAUUUUUAGGGUUCUUCAUUUUGCA